UUAUGAAAAUCGGUGACAAUGAAGAUGGGAACGGAAAAAGGGUCGGUGUUGCGCAGCUGUCCCGCGGGCGCCGGUCGUCGGGUGCUCCGCCCUCGCUAGAGCGCCUCCACUCUCCGCGCCAGAGGAGUCGCCUCCCCAGUCGCUCGCCACCGCCAGUCGCCCGUCAGUCGUCGAGCUCAACGCACAUCUGUCAUGCUGUCGCGCGCGACCUCCCAACCAUGUGGUGAAGUGUAACUGUCAAACGUGAUACAAGUCGUAACUAUUACAUUUUAUAACCAAUUUUUAACCAUUGCCGUGGUGAAUUGUGAUCUCGAAGUGGUGCCACCGUUUUGGAAAAUUGGAUUAUACGAACGAAUAAUGGCCUUAGCCAGGUAUAACCAACAAACUGGACGCUCAGCUUGGUUGAAGCUCGGCGCGGGCAGCGAGUGCGGCGGUGGAGGGUCGGGCGGCGGCGGCGCGCCCGCUCCGCAGUCGGCGCGCGUGUCCUCGAACGUCGCCGGCGGCAUGGCGGUCAGCCGCGUGCCCAGCCCGCUGCACGACGGGAACACGCCCGUCGCCGAGAACUGGUGCUUCACACAGGUCAAAGUGGUGAAAUUCAGUUACAUGUGGACAAUAAACAAUUUCAGUUUUUGUAGAGAAGAGAUGGGUGAAGUGUUAAAAUCAUCGACAUUCUCAGCCGGUGCUAGUGAUAAGUUAAAGUGGUGUCUCCGUGUUAACCCUAAAGGACUCGACGAAGAGAGCAAAGACUACUUAUCGUUAUAUCUAUUAUUAGUGUCGUGUAAUAAAUCAGAAGUCCGAGCAAAGUUCAAGUUUUCAAUAUUAAACGCGAAACGGGAAGAGACGAAGGCGAUGGAGUCACAGCGCGCAUACAGAUUUGUUCAAGGCAAAGACUGGGGGUUCAAAAAGUUCAUUAGAAGAGAUUUCCUACUAGAUGAAGCAAAUGGACUCCUACCUGAAGACAAGUUAACAAUAUUCUGCGAAGUGUCAGUAGUCGCGGACAGCAUAAACAUCAGCGGGCAGAGCAACGUGGUGCAGUUUAAAGUGCCCGAGUGCCGGCUGUCGGACGACCUGGGCGCGCUGUUCGACAACGAGCGGUUCUCUGACGUCACGCUAGCGGUCGGCGGCAGGGAGUUCCAGGCGCAUAAAGCGAUAUUAGCAGCGCGGAGUCCUGUGUUCGCGGCCAUGUUCGAGCACGAGAUGGAAGAGCGCAAGCGCAACCGCGUGGACAUCACGGACGUGGACCACGAGGUGCUGCGCGAGAUGCUGCGCUUCAUCUACACCGGCCGCGCGCCCAACCUGGACAAGAUGGCCGACGACCUGCUCGCCGCCGCCGACAAGUACGCGCUGGAGCGGCUAAAAGUGAUGUGCGAGGAAGCGCUGUGCCUCAACCUGUCCGUGGAGACGGCGGCCGACACGCUCAUCCUGGCCGACCUGCACUCGGCUGACCAGCUCAAGGCGCAGACCAUAGACUUCAUCAAUACGUCGCACGCGACGGACGUGAUGGACACGGCGGGCUGGAAGAACAUGAUCUCGUCGCACCCGCACCUCAUCGCCGAGGCGUUCCGCGCGCUCGCCACGCAGCAGCAGCAGAUCCCGCCUAUCGGGCCCCCGCGCAAGCGCGUCAAGCAGGCCUAGGCCCGCCUU